GAUUAGUUAUAAUAAAAUGCUUAUGAAAAUCAUUACUCUUCCAGCAACACUACUACUUAUCCUAAUAUUCUUAGCUUCUUCAGCUUCUCCUGAUCAUCAUCGCAAAUUUAAUGUCCAUGACUUUGGCGCUAAAGGUGAUGGAAUCACAGAUGAUAGUAAGGCUUUUAAUGAAGCUUGGAAGAGGGCUUGUAAUUCCUGGGAAAAGCAUGUUGUUGUCUUGGUCCCUAACAGCAAGUAUAUGCUAAAGCCAGUAAAUUUCUCAGGUCCUUGCAAUUCUGAUCAGAUUACAUUCAAGAUCAAAGGGAAAAUUGUAGCUUCUGAAAAUCGAUCAGAUUACGAAAAAGAUACAGAACAUUGGCUUGUGUUUGAAGAGAUUCACAACCUUAGAGUUGAUGGUGGUGGCACCGGAAUUUUCGAUGGCAAAGGAAGAGUAUGGUGGCAAACCUCUUGCAAAGUUAACAGAUCCCUUCCUUGCACAAGCCUUCCAUAUGCUGUGACUUUCAUUGGAUGCACAAAAUUGAGAGUAGAAAACCUCAAGUUCAGGAAUGCACAAAAGAUGCAUUUAUCUUUUGAAAGGUGUGAGAAAGUGAGAGCUUUGAAUUUGAGGCUAACGGCACCAGAACAUAGCCCCAACACCGAUGGAAUUCAUGUUGAAGGAACACACAAUAUCAACAUUAGAAACUGUGUUAUGAGAACAGGGGAUGACUGUAUUUCUAUAGUAAGCGGGUCAAAAAAUGUUCGAGCUACAGAUAUAACCUGUGGACCAGGCCAUGGAAUAAGCAUCGGAAGCUUGGGAGCUAGGAAUUCAUCAGCUAAUGUCUCCAAUGUAUUUGUGAAUAGAGCAAUAUUUUCAGGAACCACUAAUGGAUUAAGAAUCAAGACUUGGCAGGGAGGCUCCGGAUAUGCAAAGAAGAUCAGGUUUGAAAAUAUUACAAUGCAUAAUGUGACCAAUCCAAUAAUCAUAGAUCAAUAUUAUUGUGAUCAGGUGGAACCAUGUCAAGAGCAGGUCUCUGCUGUGCAGAUAAGCAAAGUGGUGUACAGAAGUAUCCAAGGAACAAGCAGUGCAGGGGAGGCAAUCAGGUUCAAUUGCAGCAAACACUUUCCAUGUCAAGGGAUUUUAUUGGAAGAUAUCAAUUUAAAAUCUUAUGGAGAUGUUCGUCAAAGUGCUAAAGCUUCAUGUAGCAAUGUUAAAUUCAAGAUUAAAGGGAAAGCUUCUCCAAGUUGCUAGCUUUUGUCUUGAUAAGAUCAGGGAAAAGGGUGGAAAUUAAACCCUUGAUUCUUUUUUUCCUCUUUAAUAGCUUAUGUUAAUUUGUAAACGAUAUAUAGGUAAUGUGGGGAUAUAAAUAUUGGAUAUAUUAUUAUAUAACUAUUUAACCAUA